CAGGUAUAUUCUCUUUGGAGUUAGAUUUCCUUAGCUGAUCCGACCCGGAUUUCGCCUGUCCUCAGCCCCAACUUCCCCGUGAAUACUGGGCCCCGCGUCCUUCGCCCACAACCACCACCGGUUCUGCAUUACAAGAGAAGGAACGAGAUAGAGUUAACUGGUCAUAACGGUAACACCAACGAAGCUAACACCAUUAGUGUGUAGCAAACUUCGGCAGGUUGAUACCUUUUGUGUUUGAGAGCUCGCCCAAUGUUGGCAUGGCACCGAGCUCUGAAAGUUUGCUUCUAGCAAUUGCACUUGUGAGCCCCCUUGGACUCUAGAGCUUGAAUGUCCUGCCAAAGUGGGAUUUGAUCCUAUCACACAGAAAUCUCGAUUGGCCUAUUCAUUCAAAUCAAACCGUUCAGACUUCACUUGUUACUCUUAGUAGGAAUUUCAGAAAUAUGAUUAUCGGCGAGUGUUUUUGAGACUUCAUAGUGUGAAUCCCACAGUGCGCUUAGAGCCUAUCAACAAUUGGGAUGCCUAUGAGCUCAUUCAUUCGGUUGAAUUUGAUUGGAGUUUAAUGCUAACUUGCUCAUAAUAUCAGUUUUUGCACCCAUAUUUGAAGUUAUGGAUUUGGCUUUUGCGUCUUCAUUGUACCCGUCGAAUGGAAAGAGAGCCGUUUUUGAGGUUAAGCCUUUUAGCUCUAAACUUCGUAGAAAACUGUCCUAUCAGAAAAUAUCUCCAUGUCUCGCAACUGUUGCUGCCCAAACCAGUCAGGCAUAUGACUUUGUGUUAGAGAACAGAAAGCAUGAUCUAUUGCGAGCUAUUCAAGACACGCAACGGGGCCUCGUUACAACUGCUGACCAACGCUCUUCCAUCGAGGAGGCCCUUGUGAGUGUGGAGGGGUAUAACAUGGGUUCUCCUAUUGACAUGGUGAAGUUGGAUGGCACAUGGCGCCUGCAAUAUACUUCUGCCCCUGAUGUUCUUGUUCUUUUUGAAGCUGCUGCUAGACUUCCUUUCUUUCAGGUUGGGCAAAUUUUUCAAAAAUUUGAAUGUCGGGAUCAAUCAAAUGGAGGCAUUGUACGCAAUGUUGUUCGAUGGAGUAUUCCAACUUUAUUUGAGGAACAAGAAGGUGCCACUCUACUUGUCUCGGCAAAAUUUACCACGGUUUCUUUGCGCAAUAUCUACCUUCAGUUUGAAGAGAUAGCUGUUCAAAAUAUAAAUAUCAGUGAAGAGCUGCAAGCUUUAAUAGCUCCAGCAAUACUACCACGGUCAUUUUUAAGCCUACAAAUCUUGCAGUUUAUCCGUGCUUUCAGAGCUCAAAUCCCUGUAAGAGAUCCAGGAAGACAAUCAGUAGGAGGACUGUAUUAUCUUUCUUAUUUGGAUGAUAAUAUGCUUUUGGGCCGUGCCGUUGGCGGUGGAGGAGUGUUCCUGUUUACCAAAGCUCAACCUCUUGAAUGAUGAGGGCUGAGUUCAACUUAUGUUUUCUGAUGGCAUUAGCAAUUUGUACACCAGAAAAGCUUGAGCUUGGAUGUGGAAAUAUGAGGACCUACAACAUUGAGGCAAUCUUCCUUGGAUUUUAUAUAACAAAUACUAAAGAAUCAUUAGAAAGUAAAUAUCAUAUAUACAGAGGGAUAUUAACGAAAAACAGCAUUGAUGGGAGAUCAUCCAUGGCUGCAGUACGGCACCGUUGUUGGCAGAGGCAAAGGAGUUUGGUACUACCAAAACUAUGUAUAUUGUAUACUACUAGAUAUGGAGGCAUUUGCAGCUAUAUCUUUCACAACACGAUUAAGAUCUGGAGAUUUUACCAAAAAAGAAUAAAAAAUUAAAUCCCUGGAUUUUCACAUGGAA